AUGCUGACCAGACUACCAGAAGAGAUUUUUUGCGCUAUAGCCGCUCAGCUUAGUCCCGCGACGCUGGCGGUGCUGUCAUGCAUCUCGAAGCGACUUCGCGCGAUCUGCUUACCCCUCCUUUACAAGCGGGUUGUUAUCGAUGGGCCCACUAUCGCGAAAUGGCGCCGAAUGGUCAACUCGGGUCAUUUAGCACCAACACAAGCAUAUCAUAUCGAGUUCUUGAGUGAUGUGUGCGAUAUUAGUAAUACAAAGGAGCUCCUUCAGCUGUUGGCAACAUCUUUACGACAGAUGCCGGGAUUACGAUCAUUUAAACUCUGUGGGUACUGGGUGGGCCUCCUGGAUCAAGCGCUCGAUGGCCUGGAAAACAGCAGUGUUCUGCACGAACUUCAAAGCCUCCAACAUCUAGAAACCAUCCUGCUCUAUCACCACCCAAAUCCACGCUGCAAUUUCAGAUGGAGACUACCCAGGUUUAAGAACCUUCAGUCACUCGCGCUUCAUCGCCUGGGAGAACGUGAAUGGAGGGACCAAACCUCUGAUGUGGUCGAAGUCCUGCUUGCAUCCCCAGGGCUAAGGGAUCUAGGGCUCAGCUUCGUUCCCGAAGCCGGACUGGACAACGACUUCCUUUGCAAGGUGAUCUCCGACUUUCGCUCGCGCCGACAGCGACUUGAGCAGCCAGCUCUUCAACUUAGAAGCCUACACCUGGGAAUUGGCACGAUGCCAUGGAGUAACCCGCGUUUUGAUAUGCCGGGUUAUCUCGAUGACUUGACGGACUUGUCUCAUCUCACUUCCUUACGACUCGAUAAUAUGCACUACCUUCCCUUCGAGGGCCCGGUUGUUCCCCACGAGCCUAUAGACCCGACCCUUUUUCAACAUGCGACCAACCUCAGAAGGAUCUCAGUGGAGCGAUUCGGCCCGGAUAUUCUACGCCUUGUCCAGCUCCUGCAGGAGGUCCAGUCACCUCUGAGAUUAGACGCCCUCGAUGUACUAGAUUACGGCAGCACACUACAACCGGAUAGCCCCGAAUUUGCAAAUGAACCCUUGCAUGAAUUCCACAUGCCUGAAUUUGUGGGUGAGCCCAUCUAUUCGGUUCCAUUGGACAAGACUGGAGUCGCAUGGCGUCGACUCUGCUACUCAGGGCCCGUGGCCUGGGACAAUUCUAAGGAGAUGCUCAAGAAGUCGCGGGACCUGCUAACACAAUUUGUCGCCCGGUGUACAGCAUUAGAGGAACUCAUCAUUCCAAUCCAUAAUCGAGACGAAUUUGACGUCAUGAAGACAGAUGUCCUUCCUCGUCUGCCCAAUCUCCAUACCCUUCAUCUUCCGUGGCCAGAUUUGGCAGCUUUCUUGUCCGAUCUUGAAAAGCCAUGGCAUGAGCCGUACCAUCUCCACAAAACGAGUGAGGAGGAAAAAGAACGGCUGUUCCAGAAAGACCGGGAACUGGACAGGGAGCAAGAGAAGUCCCGAAUUUCGCUUGUUCAUGAACUGUUUUCAUACCAUCUACAGCUACGAGAAGACAGGGAAGAGAUGUCGCCUCUGCGGUACAUUGCGAUCGAGAGGGAUCUGUAUGCGCGACAUUGGACAAAUCCGUCCGCCGAAGGAUUGUAUCGAUUGAAUGAUGGAUCCAGCAUCAUCCGGCUGCCACGAGAUGAAGCCAGAACUGUAGGGAUCGUGGAGAACCUAUGUAGGGAGUGUGAUCUCCGGCUUCCGGUUUGA